AAAUUAUUAAGGCUGCUAAGAAUGUCGAUCUGUUAAUCGCUAAUAGUGUUUUUAAAUAUUUUUCCUUCUAGCAUACAUGUCUCAGAAAUUUGUGAAAAUGAGCGUCUAGUUGUAAAAUUUUAUUUUAAAACUUGUGCAAAAUUUUAUUAAAAUUUAUCUAUUUUUUUUCGCUGACAAAGCAUCGAUAUCGCGAUUGUUUGGAGAUGAUGCAUAAUGUUACAAUAUGUAUCGUUGUUUCACUGUAAAUUUCGGAACUCUGCGGACUUAAAGCUACAUGCGGUACAAUUUAGCAACAGGCGCUACGUGCGAGAGAAGAGAUAGAGGGAGGGGCGAUUCCAACAAACGAUGUCGGACUUCGGAGUAGAUGUUAAUGUAGUAUGUGUGUGACAACGGGAUUGACAACAUGGAUACGACUGACCUAGGAGGAGGUAUAAAUUGUACGCCACCGGCUAUAGAAGAUUUUCCACACGACCUGUUUGAUGAGCAAGAGAGACAAGGCGGUGCCGUUGUCGUACACGUCAUCGUGUCACUUUACUUAUUUAUCGCUUUAGCAGUAGUAUGCGAUAAAUUCUUCGUACCUGCUGUAGAAAAAAUAUGUCACGCACUCUCGAUGUCAAAAGACGUAGCCGGUGCGACGUUUAUGGCGGCGGCGACAUCGGCUCCAGAAUUAUUCGUGAAUGCCAUCGGAACAUUCAUCACGGAAGGUGACAUUGGUGUCGGGACGAUAGUAGGUUCUGCAGUAUUCAACAUCCUAGCUGUUCCAGCCUGCUGCGGUAUCGGUGCGGGAAUGCAGGUGGUGCCACUGGAUUGGUGGCCUGUUAGCAGAGAUUGUCUCGCUUACGGUGUCACCGUCGCCAUUUUAAUAUGCAUUAUACACGACGAACGAGUGGAAUGGUACGAGGCAUUAACAUUGGUGCUCUUGUAUAUUGUUUAUAUCGCUGUGAUGUAUUGGGAUAAAUCGUUCCAGCGAUGUACAAGAUUCCGUACAAACGAUGACCAGAUAUCUUCGGAUGGUCGACGAGUUACAACAGAUUCUAGCGAUAUUCAUUUACCAAGACCGGACAAAUUACAAUCACCCGGGGAUCAUGUGGAGCAAAUAGCCACUAUCGACGUGCCGCUACAAAAUGGCGGGACGAAAACGCAGGAAGAGAAUCCAGAUCCUAGUAUGACAGAUUAUGAGUACGAAUUGUUGGUAUGGCCAGCGCAUGCUGGGUGGUUAAGAAAGACCGCUUGGGUCACAACAUGGCCCAUUCAUCUGGUAUUCAUGUGCACAAUUCCCGACUGCGAGAAACCCCGAUUCAAGAAUUGGUUUCCCAUCACGUUCGUGAUGUGCAUCAUAUGGAUUGGAUCGCUUAGCUAUGUUGUAGCGUGGAUGAUCACUAUAAUUGGCGAUACACUCAAAAUACCAGAUUCCGUAAUGGGUAUCACUUUUCUCGCGGCAGGAACCAGCGUACCCGAAGCUGUAUCGAGUGUGAUUGUCGCAAAACAAGGACAUGGCUCGAUGGGCAUCAGUAAUUCUAUAGGAUCGAAUACGUUCGAUAUACUGCUAUGUCUCGGACUACCCUGGCUGAUCAAGUCGUCUUUCUCACCCACGCAGCCUGGCAGGCAUUACAUCAGUAUAAAUUCCGGUGGUUUGGAAUAUAGCGCCAUAUCGUUACUGUCGACGCUGAUGUUGCUGUACAUCGCGUUUGCCUCCAACAAGUUUCAGCUCGAUAGAAAAGUGGGCCGCGCCUGCUUGUGCAUGUAUGCCGUGUUCCUCAUACUGGCGUCAUUAAUCGAGCUCAACGUAUUCUUCACGGUAAAUCUCCCCACCUGCCAAAGGACGGUGAAAUGAUCGAGAUACCCCGGACGAUGACCCGCCCGCAAUACAUGUUCGGGCACGGCCUCGCUGUCAAUCCGCGCUGGAAACUUUCCCCUUCGGACUUACCGAGAGAGACUCGAUCGAGCUAGGGGUGUUUAUAUUUCCAGCUACACGGAAUCACCGUGUGUACAGUUUUAAUAUCACAAUGUUAUCACCAUGUUUAGAACCAUGGCAGUAAUGCAUUUUGUAUUUACUUACUGCUCUCUAAAAAGAAUCUCUCUCUCUCUCUCUCUCUCUUUCUCUCUCUUUUAUUCUCUCUCUCUCUCUCUCUCUCUCUCUCUCCUUCUUGUUUCUCCGCUCUCUUUUCUUCAUUGCAAAAAUCCAUGCCAUUUUUGAGUAUGUUACUCGACAUCUCUUUGUUCCAUUCAACAUAUACAUUUUACUCUCUCACAUCUCGAUUUUUACUUAUAUAUAUAUAUAUAUUAUGUAUGUAUAAAACGCGCUCGCGCCAAAUUUUUUCCUCUCCUUCACCUUCUCUUUUCUCCUCUUUCUUCGCUUAUUUUUCUCUUAAAAUACAAUUAUUUUCUUUACGGCUUUAUUGUGUGCGCUGAAACAUCAACAAAUUUACGAUUAGCCACAGCAACGAACCACAGAUCUCAAGCCACAUGAUCGGAAGCUUGCCCAAGAAUCUAUACGCGUACGUCGAAAAGGUAAAGCCGUUACCGGAACAAAGGCCUUUAAAUACACGAUUUUUCUAAUAAUCGUAAUUAAGCGACGAUAGAGAAGGGAUCGAAUAAAGGCGCUUCGCGACUGUGUCUAAUUGUACGAAAGCGCAAGAAAGACUGCCGUUCCAUUAGCAUAUUGCAGACCUCGAUGUGUGACCGCGUGGUACCGUGUUUACGCGAGUGAAAUGUCAUUUCGCGCGCGCGAUUUAGCCGCGACAAGCUGUCUCAUUCGUUUACGAAUUCGUAUCGAUCUAUCAAAGUGUUGCAUCAUUUUGAUACGCGCAAACUUUACUAAUAAUUUGCAGUUAAACAAUCGCUCGGUGAAUUUACCUUUAUUUAGUAUCUCCGUUGAAAAGAAGAAAAAACUAUCAUUGGUAAUAUAUAUUUGAGGAACGGAGGAAAAAUUCUUCCAUUACAUGAUCACGUAGUGAUCCUUUACGUCAGUGAAAUGUAAAGCGAAACGCAUACAGAUACGUAUUUACAUACACGCAAAAUCGCAUUAUAAUGUUGAAACAAAUCUUCGCGCGCGAUAACACCUUUCUGCGAUAACACAUCUUCACACAAAAUGCGAAAACACAAAAUCUGUGACUGUAAAUUUAGAUAAAACCGUAACUUAACAUUUAAUAAAGUACUGUAAUAAGUUAUUAAAAUAAUACAGUCAAUAAAAAUUGAUUCCUCUCCAGUCUCUGUGAAUGUAUGUAUAGGAAGGAAGAGGGUGAAAGGGGUGAAAACCUUGGCUCAGAAAUAUAAAACUUGCACUGUUUUGUACUGGCGUAAAAAGAAAGAAUUGUCUUAAAAAAACAAA